AUGUCUGACAAGGCGAGUACCGCGCCAGACGCGGCACAGGCCACUGUGCAAUCGGAAAGAGUCGCUGUCAAGUGGUAUCGUUCACCAUUCUACAAUGCCACGAUACUUGGCAUGUGCAGCUUUGCCGCACCAGGACUAUGGGGCGCGAUGAAUUCACUGGGUGCCGGCGGUGCGCAAGAGCCGUAUCUCGUCAAUACAGGCAACGCGCUCACCUUCUGCCUUAUGAUCAUCUCAUGCUGGCUCACUUCCUCAAUCGUCAAAUACAUCGGUAUCAAGGGAGCAUUGGUCGUCGGCACCAUCGGGUUUGCCCCGUACAGCGCGGGUCUUUACCUGAACAACCGAUAUGGUGUCGAGUGGCUCGUCAUCGUCGGAGCCGCGUUUUGCGGCGUGUCGGCCGGAAUAUUUUGGGGCUCUGAAGCCGCCAUUGCUAUUGCGUACCCAGAGCCACACAACAGAGGACGGAUGAUCGCGUACUGGCUCACGUGGACCAGAGUUGGUCAAAUCCUGGGUGGCGCAAUCAGCCUCGGCUUGAACUCUGAUCGCAGCGGGGCUGGAAAAGUAUCUUACAAGGUCUACCUCAUCUUCAUUGCUCUACAAGCUUGCGGACCCUUCGUUGCUCUGCUGCUGAAUCGGCCUCACAAGGUCCAAAGGGGGGACGGUAAAGCUGUAGAGCUUACAAUCGCCGACAGCCCGUGGCAAGAAAUCAAGGCAACGACCAAGACCUUCCUCACACCCAAGUUUUUACUUCUUAUACUCUGGAUUGGACAAGGCGUCUACUCAGAGUCCAUAUUCUUCACAUACAUCGCCCUUUGGUUCUCAGUUCGAGCCAGAGCUCUUGGCUCGUUCCUCUCUGGUAUCGUGGCCGUUGUCGCUGGGAAUCUGCUGGGAUUGUGGCUUGACCAGAACCAGAUUGCUCUCAAGAAGAGGGCUAGAUGGGCUUUCGCCGUAAUCAUGACUCUGCAAGGCGCAUGGUGGCUCUGGCUUACGAUCAACGUCACAGAGUACCGCCGAACGCAGCCCACCCUGGACUGGAGCGAUCCGGGUUUCGGAAGAGGGUUUGGAGUGUUCAUCUUCUUGGUCUCAGGCUUCCAACUCAAUUACAACUUUGCAUUCUUCAUCAUUGGACAAAUUUCGGAGAGUCCACAAGAAACUAUCCGGUUAUCUGCCCUUCUCCGAGGUAUCGAGUCUGCCUGGCAAGCUCUUAGCUACGGACUGAACGCCGUUCCGAUCUUCGCACUUGUCGGUGGGCCGUACAUAAACUUUGGGCUUUGGUUUGUGUCGAUUUACCCAGCCUGGCUAGUUAUUCGACAUUUUGGCACCAGUCACAAGGGUGGGGAUUCAGAGACUGUUUCCCAGGAUGAGGUAAUGCACGAAGUCAAAACGCAGACAAAUUUGCAACACUGA